AUGCAGAUCAAGAGCCUUUUGUUCGCUGUAUCCCUCACGGCCACUACCACUGCCCUCCCGGCCACCCAUUCUGAGACUUUCGGCAUCGUCGCCAUCCAUUCCGGCUCUGAUGUGCAGUAUUCAAGUUUCAACGCUGCUAAGAGCAGUAUCUUCGCUGGGUUGAAGAAGCAGGAUGCUAGCUGCGCCCGCCCCAAAGAACAAGACGCUACUUUCUACAUACAGAAUGGUGCUCUCUUCCUUUACGACACAUCUGCCACCCCCCAGGAGAUUUAUGUUGAUCGUUCCGGCAUGGGCCAAGGUGUCAUUGGAUACACUACUGGUGCCCAAGGUGCCCCCAAGUAUAGUGAACGUAAGGGGUGGACUAUGAAGGAUGGCCACCUCCAGUUUGCUGGUGACGAUCUGAUUGCUUGCCCCAACAGCAUCGAUGGGGCUUGGUCUAUCUGGGCCUCCGCUGGUGUUGCAAACCCUGGUGGCAACAAGAACUGUGUAGGCGUUGCUGCCCGCGUCGAGAAGACCUCAAACCCCAACGGCUGCCUCUAUACCGAGUAA